UCGCCCCCCGGGAUGGCUAUCCACCUCGUAUAUAUGAGCACGUAAGAGUUCGGACAUGAAGUCGUCAUGAACAUUCGGGAUCACGCGUUACAACUUACUGGGAGGAGCUGGUCUAGGGCGGGACCCCGCUAUCUAAUGGGAAUUGUACCUGGAUCGAAUACUACCGAUCGACUCGCCGUGCACCGGGGUGUCCAUUGUCGAUGUCGAAGCUGUACCUUGGUGUAUGUCACACCCACCAUGUAUGCUGUCAAGGGAACAUGUGAGUGCGGCUAACGCUCACCAGACCGGGCCAGCCUUCAAGUACUUUGACAAACCAUGCACUCUUCAAGUGCCUCUCAGAGUAUAAAAGGGCUCACGUCUCGUCUGCCAAAUUCCAUCAGCCUCCUACACCAGCCUCACACAGCCAAACUUCAUCACUUCGACCACCUGCGAUGUCGCUCACUCUCACAGUCAAAAUCGAUGACGACCAAAUCCAUUUUAUGAAGGGUCAGGGCUACGACCUCUUCAUUGCGAAGCUGGUUCAAGGUCAGGCGAAAGCCAACGUGAUUUGGAAGAGUAAAUCAGCGUACAUUGAUACCAACACGUUCGAAUGGCAACCAGUCUUCGCUAUCGCUGGGGCACAAGAUGUUAAGCCAGGCGUCCUCGUCUCAGCUCUCACAAAGGUGAAACCCAUCGCGUACGGUCAGUCGAUCGAGAUUGACGAGGACGGCGUCAUCACCGACGCCGUGAACCCUGUCAAUCCAGGCAAGCCGUUCAAGCUCGCCAACAGGGACCCCGAUACCGAUUUUGCCGCAGCCGUUUACUCCGUGGACCCAGCCGACCCAAACGCUGAACUUUCGAAUCCCUUCUUCAUCAGCAAAGUUCUUGGAAAAAACUUCACCGUCGAUAUCUUGCCGCUCGAGACCGUGGUGCUUUGGUUUGGAGCGCAUCAGGAAACCAGCACGGUCAUUGCAGACUAUUCCGGCCCCAUUUUGACAGUUGUUUAUGGCAAAGGAGAGAGUGCACACACCGCUAAGUGGACGAAAGCCGGUUGGCAGCUUGUUCAUUGAUCGCGCAGAGUCCGUACUUAGUCCUGUAUAGCCAUGUGCAGUGAUAGAUUUCGUCGCGUCUUGACUCCGAAUCGGCCCUUGAAUACUUCUAUAAACAACUUUUACCUACAAUGUCAAUAUAUGCUCUUGCCACUAGGUUUGCUG